AUGCCUUCGCUGCCCUCUCAGACAGACAAGGGCAAGAAGCGCAAAGGGUCGACCUCCGGAGUGGGCACCUCGACUUCCAGCUCCACAAAGGUUGCCGAAAGACAAGCCUUCGGUAGCGCCUUGUCCCAGAUUCAGGCUGCCCUCUCUAGCUCAUCGGAUCUGAACCCGAUCGCAGACCUCAUUGACCUCGUAAGCAAAUCCUCAUUCGACUUGCCCAGCGAUGUCGUCAUGCCGUCCAUAACUCUCCUAGGUCGUACUUUGGCUCACCUCGUUUCUAGCGGCGUGCUAUCACCGGUCGCAGUCAGCAACGUGACUGGCUUGCUCAGCAUUCAGCCUUCGCAAAAUGCAGGCUCGACUACCGCUCCGGAACAGGUAGAGUCUUGGCUUCGGCAGAUCUUCAACUCGGCCGUGCAGCUCUUGGUAAGAGUUAUGAUUGCCCAUCCAAAGGAGAAGACCAGGGUAGUCGCUCUCAAUGCACUCAUGGACCUGCAAAGAUCGACCAGUCAGGCACUGAGCCAGCAAGGAGAAGUCGCAGCGUGGGCUGAAUGCCCUUGGCGUGCAACAGUCAACGCUCUCGUAUUCGGCCGUUGUCAAGAUGUUCAGGGGCUGGAAGUCAAGUCGACUCUGUGCCCAGAAGUUCGAGCGACCUUUAUACUUGAUUACAUCGAGCAGUACGCCGAUGCCAAGCUCGCCCUGUAUCGCACUUUCCAAAGCAUUCUCAAGACAACGCCGACUGCGCGCUCUGCCAUCCUGGCCUUCUUGCUGCAGCUUUCAAAUCCUCCAGCAAACGUCGCCGCUAUCAAGAAGCUCGGAUGCUACGUUGCUGCCCUGGCUGUAGCUCCCCCGGGAGGUGCAACCAAAUUGGAUCGAGGACGGACAGUCGGCAAUGGGAAGAAGAAGGAAGUAAAGAUCUCACAAGAUGGCGAUGAAAGUGACGAAGAGGAAGCAGAGGACCUCGACUGGUUCUCGGACUCCGAAGCCGACGACGGCGACACUGCGGAGAGAGCGGAGUCUGCCCAGCCUGGUAAAGGUCGAACUGCGCAAGAUGUCGGUCUGCCUGCCGGCUCAAGGAUCAGACGACGCAGAAGAGGCGCAGGCAAGCUCGUGUUCCAUCAGGCAUUGUACGCUAUCAAGGCUUGGAGAGUAGCUGUCGACGCACUUUGGCUGGCCAUUCUCUUACACCGUUCUCCCAAGGCCGACAUAGAAGAGUCCGGACGGGUCGUAGCAGGCCACCCUUCGGAAGGGCAGCUAGACUUAGGAGAGAUCAAUGCCAUCUUGAGGGUGAUGGAAAAGAAAGUCUUGCCUUACUUGAGCAAGCCGCAACUCGUGGCAGACUGGCUCGUAGAUUGUCUGGAUGUUGGCGGCUCGACAGCCCUUCUGUCCUUGUCACCACUUUACACGCUCUACGUGUCACAUUCUCUCUCCCUGCCCGGACUCUACACAACACUUUACACACUUCUCACCCCAUCGCUUCUGCACUCUCCUCAUCGCUCUCACUCUCUCAGGCUCUUAGCGCUGUUUCUUUCUUCGCAGAAGCUGCCGCUCGGAAUCGUCCUGGCGUUCCUGAAAAGGCUGAGUAGGUGCGCCCUUCGAGGGCCGCCUGGCGGUGCGAUCCCUGUCGCUGUUAUGAUCUAUAAUCUCCUCAAGACGCACAAAGAAGGUAUGAACGUCCUACAUCAGGAUUGGGCUGCAGAUGGAAAGCAGGGCUGGACCGAUCCAUACGACGCCUCGAUUACCGUUCCCCCCUCAUCAGCGGCCGCGCGCCACACAUCCCUGUUUGAGGUCACUACGUUGGGAGCGUCACCUCCAGCAUCGUCUCUCGGCCUUGACCCUCAAGGGCGACAAGAGGCACACUAUCACGCACCAACGACAACUAUCUUACGCAUGCUUGCCCAGCCGUUCACGAAAGAGGCUUAUGAUCUUGAAGAAUUCCUUGAUCAUUCCUUCGGCACCCUCAUCGAAACAGAAGUGGCGAGGUCACUGAAGACUCCCAACGGCAAGAAGCGGACCAGGGAACCUGCCGUCAGGUUCUCGCUUUCAACAGAAUCUGCCAAAAGGGUGAGAGUGUACCCAAGGAAAGUCGAGCAGCGGUCGGCCCCGGUCAUGGACGUAUCAGAAAGCCUGUCCGAUGCUGGGAAUGCGGCGGAGCCUGCGGCUGCAUCUGCGACUCUUGCUGGGUUAGACGCAGAGGAGGUUGAGGCUCACGAAGCUAUGCAAGAGGUUGAACGAGCGCAGGUGCAGGCACAGGCUCAAGCCAGGCAGGAGAGGAAGGACCGGGGCAAAUUGCCGAAUCGAGUGGGAAACGUCUUGGCGUUGUGGUCCUACGCCUCGUUGUUGGACAAUCCUAAGAUGCAAUGA